CGAUAUUAUUUUGUAAACAACUAUUGUAUCUUAAAUUGUUUAAAAACAUUGGAAGAUUUAAUUUUCUUUUGAAACAGAAAAAAUGUCCGAGAGUGCAAAUUUACGUCAGAAUCUACAAAAUGUACCUUCAAUAUUUGAAAUCACUGCUGCCGAAACUCUUGAUUCGCUUAUAUACCCGGCACUGAGUAAAAUAUUUGAUUACCUUAAUCUUCGUUUGGACUUUAAGCUUUUCGGUCCUUACCGAUUACAAGAAGAAUUGUCACCCUUUUUAACAUGGGCACUACAAUUUCUGUAUCUCCGCAAUCGUGGUUCAUCGUUUGGAGAAAGUUUCUAUGGCUUACAACGUACAGAUAGCAAUACAGGUGAAAUAUUAUCGCGAGGUCAUCAAUUUACAUCUGCUAGCAUAUUAACAUUUAUGCCUUACUUUGAGCGUAAGCUAAAAACACGUAGUGCCAAUCAUACAGAAGUAUCAAUUUGGGAACGACAUUUACUAAAUAUGUUUCAUGCUUAUCAUGCCUCGAAAGCAAUACAUACAUUUCUAUACCUAAUAAAAUACGCAGGGAGUCACUCCCCCAUCUUCCGAGCAUUACGAUUGACACUGCGUUACCCUAUUGAACCUCCCAAGGACGAUAAGACUACAUACGUCUUUCUAAAAUUACUAGAAGUUUUCGCAUUUUUCCUUCAAUUUAUACAGUGGUGGUAUUCGAAUGACCAACGUCGGAAAAUUGGUGGAACCUUAAAAAAUCCAAUACCAUAUAAAGGUGAUCCCGUCAAUUUGAAAGAUAACGACACACGAAAAGGUAAUUGUCCGGUAUGUCUUAUGAAAAUUGAUACGCCCACAGCAUGUAGUAUAUCUGGAUAUGUAUAUUGUUGGAGAUGUAUAAUCUCACAUCUAAAAGAACAUUCCACAUGUCCAGUGACUGGAUAUCAAAUUACAGUGGAUGACUUAGUUCGAAUUUACGAAACAUAGUAAAACAAAAUAUAUUUUGAUUAUGUACAUCAAUUGUAGAUUCUUCUAACAUGGCUGUGUAUUUGUUGCAAUGAACGAAAAAUAAAAAAUACUUUUAUAAAAAAA